AUGCUUUGUAACCAAGCUUUAAUAAGAAAUACACCACGUUUGGUAAGAUGCUUAUCUCGAAGCGCCACUGGAGCUCCAAUAUUAACAUCAAAGAAAGAUAUUUUAGAUCAACAAAAAACCAAGCCUAGCACAUCAGAAGUGAAACCAGUUUCCCAUCGAUUAAAGAGUGCUUCUAAAAAGAAACAGGAAAAAAUGAAAAAUACAAGCAAGUAUCUUCCCUUAUCAGCAUUACCCCAUUUCCCCAACCCCGAGGACGUUAGAAUGAAAAGGCCUCGCGGAAUCGAUCUCCAAAUACCAAAAGAAUAUCUUAAACUGUCGGUAGUGAAACCAUCAAAAGAAUCCGACAAAGAAACACGCGAGCUUGAUGAUAAAAUUGAGAGUUUUUCCCAAAGGGAAGCAGAUCACCAAACAUUGAUAGCCAUUUCCAAAGAAAUAGGGAAAUAUUUAGAGCCCGAACUAAAUAGAAUGUAUUCUACUGAGGAACACCCAAUGAGAAAAUCACUAUCUGGCAUGAGUAAGAUAAAUCCAACAUUAGAUAUAAUUGAAGAUAGCUACUUGUGGGAGAUUUUACCACCGAAAAAACUGUUUGGUAUACCGCCAUAUCAACGAAGUGAUCCCUUAGGAUUUAAGGAAUGGGAAAGAAAACUUGUUGAGAAAGAAGUAAAGAAACAAUUAGAAGAUGAAGCUUAUAAGGAAGAGUAUGGAAAGAUGAUGGCUGAAGUAAGUGAUGCUGAUUCAUUUAUCAUGUCAAAACGCGGUGCACGUAAAAGAAUAAAUAGAAAACUACUCAAAAAUUAUAAGAAGUUGGAAAAAGAUGCUAAACUCCCUGAAAAGUACAAAUUGGUUAUAGAGGUCAUAAAAUUGUGA